AUGGACGACUAUAUCGACGCGGCUGAACUGUCAAGACACAACUCUAAAAGCUCAUGUUGGAUAGUCAUCCAUGGCCAAGUAUGGGAUGUCACUGAAUUUCUUGAACUCCACCCCGGUGGUGCCCGCAUCAUCUUAAAGUCCGCUGGCCGGGAUGCGACCUCGUCGUAUGAGUCCGUCCAUGACCCGGACCUCGUCACCAAGACGCUCGCACCGUCAUGUCUCGUAGGCACCAUCAACCCGCAGAGCACAACCCUAGUGCCAACAGCAGAAGAAGUCCCGUCACCAGCAACGGACGAUUCUCGCUCUGCACAACCGAUACAUCCACCCCUCACAUCCAUGCUCAACGUCUCAGACUUUGAGCGCGCCGCCAAAAAGUACCUUUCCGAUAUUGGAUGGGCUUACUAUUCGUCCGGGGCGGAGGAUGAGAUCUCGAUGCAAGACCCGAGACGCAUCUUCAACCGCAUCGCCCUCCGCCCACGCAUCCUCCGCCACGUCGAAACCAUCGACACGUCAUGCAGCUACUUUGGUGGGCGCAUCAAAUCCUCGCUGCCCAUCUACAUCACCCCGACCGGGCUGAGCCGCUACGCGCACCAGGACGGUGACCAGUGCCUGGCCCGGGCGUGCGGGCACGAGGGCAUCGUGUACUGCAUGCCGACGACGGCGGCGCACGAGGCCGUGUUCGGGGCGCGCACGACCCCCAACCAGCCGCUGUGCUUCCAGCUGUACACGGGGCGGGACUACGACCGGACGCGCGCACUGCUGCGCAAGGUCGAGCGGCUCGGCGCGGCCGCCAUCUUCGUCACGGUCGACAGCCCCGUCAUCGGGCGGCGGGAGCGCGACGACCGCAUCAAGGCCGCCGACGGCGAGGACCCGCUGUUCGCGGCCGGCGUCGCCAAGUCCGGCAGCAUGACGCUGCUGAACCCGACGCUGACCUGGGAUGACCUCGACUGGCUCAGGGCCGCCACCAGCCUGCCCCUCGUGCUCAAGGGCGUGCAGACGGUCGAGGACGCCGUGCUGGCGCACCGCGCGGGAGUCGACGGCAUCGUGCUCUCCAACCACGGCGGGCGGUCGCAGGACACGGCGCAGGCGCCCAUGCUGACGCUGCUGGAGAUUCGGCGGCAUGCGCCGCACCUGCUUGCGCCCGAGACGAGGUCCAGGUUCGAGGUGUUCCUCGACGGCGGGGUCAGGCGGGGGACGGACGUGCUCAAGGCGUUGGCGCUGGGCGCCUCGGCCGUCGGGGUGGGCAGGCCGGCGCUCUACUCCAUGACGAACGGAUGGGGCGAGGCUGGGGUCAGGAGGUUGAUCAUGAUGCUGAGGAUGGAGAUCGAAACCAACAUGGCGCUUGCUGGCGCGACGAGGCUGGGCGAGGUUGUGCCGGAGAUGGUCAAUACAGAGCGGGUGGAGCACGAGGUGUUCAGAAGGGUAAAACUGUAAUGGCACUUCAUGCCAGAUAUUAGAGGAGUAUAUUGCGUAGAUACAUGGCCAUGUUUGCUGCAGUCAAUCACUGGAUUAUACUGUCCCAUUGAAAAUUGUUUC